AUGUAUUCCCUUUUCAUCCGAGCUGUUAUCUAUUACUCCAUCGAUUCCGCAAACCGAGCUGCUAUCUAUUACUGCACCGGUUCCUCAAUACACGAGCUGCUAUCUAAUACUCCAUCAAUUUCUCAGUCCAAUUCCUCAAUCCCUAGCUGUUAUCUAUUACUCCAUCGGAUACUCAAUCUGAGCUGUGAUCUAUUUACUCCACCGAUUCCUAAAUCUGAGUUGUUAUCUAUUAACCAUCGAAUGCUCAAUCCUAGCGGUUAUCUAUUACUCACCGAUUCCUCAAUCCAAACUGCUAUCUAUAACACCAAUGAUUCCUCAAUCCGAGCUCUGUUAUCUAUUACUCCACCGGUUCCUAAAUACGAGCUGCUAUCUAUUACUCCAUCAAUUCCUCAGUCCGAGCUGUUAUCUUUUACACCAUGGAUUCCCCAAUCCGAACUGUUAUCUAAUAAUCCAUCGAUUCCUCAAAACCUCCGAGCUGUUAUCUAUUACUCCACCGGCUCCACAAUACGAGCUGCUAUCUAUUACUCCAUCAAUACCUCAGUCCGAGGUGUUAUCUUUUACACAAUAGAUUCCCCAAUCCGAGCUGUUAUAUUACUCCAUCGAUACCUCGAUCAGAGCUGCUAUCUAUUUCUCCACCGGUUCCUCAAUACGAGCUGCUAUCUAUUAUAUUUUUCCUCAGUCCGAGCUGAUAUCUUUUACAACAUGUAUUCCCUAAUCCGAGCUGCUCUCUAUUACUCCGCCGAUUCCUCAAUCCGAGCUGCUAUCUAUUACUCCGCCGAUUCAUCAAUCCGAGCUGCUAUCUAUUACUCCAUCGAUUCAUCAAUCCGAGCUGAUAUCUAUUACUCCACCGAUUCCUCAAUCCGAGCUGUGAUCUAUUACUCCACCGAUUCCUCAAUCGGAGCUGUGAUCUAA